UCAGCAAACUAGUAUUUCACCCGUAAAUGCACGGUAUAAUACUUAGUUAGCUGAGAAAUAAUAUAGAUCAUCGUAUUCAUAGUUGUUGUCUGCAACUGCAAGUAAAAGAGAAGAGAGAGUAGAAUGAAGGUAGCUCCCACCGUAGUGUUUCUGUUCAGAGACACACAAGGCGGCUUCGUCUCUGCCAUCUCUGAAGCUCUCCACCCUAACCCUUCUUCCUCCUUCACCCGCCUUGAGGACUCCUUUGAGCUCUCCUUGGAGGGUUAUGGAAUCAAGGACCUCAAAGCUUCUGGGAACGUUAUUCACCAUGUUGAUAAUCAUGGCAUUUACCAGGUGUCGGUUGUGGUUAUGCAGCAUUAUGAACCACCGGUACUAGCAUGUGCUCUUAAUGAGGUCCUUAAUGAAAUUGCUGGUGAUAAGUCAUCCUCGGUGCCUUCACUUUUGGUACCAUUUUUGGUGGAAUCAUCCAAGGUUAAAGGGCAAAGUAAAUCCCUAAGAUCAGAUGAAGGAAAACCUUUAAUUUUGGGGAUACAGGUUGGUCAAAGUACAGACGUAAUGCAGGCUUUACUCAAAAAAACGCAAGAGAUACCAUCUUCAUUGCAGAUUCAGCAUGAAACUCUUACAUUUCUUCUUCACUUUGUUCGUGUAAUGAAGUUGCCAACCUUUUUUCUAAUUGGACAAACUAGUCAACAUUUGGACAAUAAAUCUACCAAGCAGCGAGAGAUAAUUCAUGAAAUAGGUGAGGUUUUGGCUAGCAGCACAGGUCUACAGUUUUCAGAAGACAGAGUGAUAUGGAAUCCAGAAAAGACAUCAAGGGAGACAAAGGAACCAUGGCGCGCUUUAUAUGGUUGAAUCAUGGGUUAUUUACAUGCAAACAUGGAACCAGUGUUUUCAAGGGUCUGGUUCUCAGAACCAUCGAUCUUUCUGUGUUAACUGUUUCCUUAAAAACAGUUUCAUGUUAUUUUCCUUAUCUUUUUGGUACAUCCCCGAAGUAUUUUAGUCUCUGUUGUAAUGUCAGUGGGCUGAAUGUGCCAUAGCAUGUAACUGCAUGUUUGUGUACAUGUGGGUUUCAUUUUGUUCAUCAAUGACAUUUUAUAGUCGCCGUGUUGCUUUGAUGCCACAGAUUUUUAAAACUGUUUCUGUAAUAGAAGAAGCAUUUUAGUAAUGUGACUAAUGAGGACCGCAGAUUUUGUAGUGUUUA